UUGAAUUCACGCCUUUGUUUUAUUUCCAUUUAUUUUCAGAUAAUUGUUCCAGCAAAAAAUGUUGUGGAAGAUCUGAAGGCUGAAGAAGGCAACACGAAAAAACUUCUCGAAAACGUGAAGUAUCGUGUUGGCUGGGAGAAAUAUCAACGAGCGCAGAAGGAAAAAGAAGAUGCUGAAGUUGAAAGAGAACGAAUUGCAUAUGCCCAGAUUGAUUGGCACGAUUUUGUGGUGGUGCAAACUGUCGAUUUCCCGGUCAACGAUUCUGGAUCAAUUUUGCAGAUUGAAAAUGAAGAAGGAGAGAAAACGGAGCCACAGAAAGCCCCGUAUGAGGUGAAUCAGCCAGUGCCAGUGCCACCAUCUGAAGAAACUGUGGUGAUCCGAGAGUACGAUCCUAAGAAAUCUAUUGCUGCCAGAAAAGCGGCCGACAAAUGGAUCAUUUCGCCAUUAACUGGUGAACGGAUACCUGCCGACAAACUCCAGGAACAUAUGCGUUACAACACUGUGGACUCGCAGUACAAAGAGCAGCGUGAAAGUACGAAUAUUGGCAAAUUUGCUGAGCGUCGUACGGAUAUUUUUGGCCAUGGUGCUGAACAGACUAUUAUUGGCAAAAAGCUUGGUGAAGAAGAAGAGGCACCACGUGGGCCCGACCCGAAGCUUAUUUGGGACGGGCAACAGUCAACAAUCGAUCAAACAACAAAACUGGCGCAGCAGAGCGUUACACUUGAUCAGCAAAUUAAUGAAAUUCACAAGCAGCAUGGUUAUGUUGCGGAUCCAAGCAAGGAAAGAAUAGGGCCAGGUCCAGUUCCGCCGCCACCACCGCAGGCAUUACCUCCCACUACCACGGCAACAACAACGGCGGCAACCACCACAACAGCUGCAACACAACCGACCACUACGACUCCUAGCACCACCACGUCGGCUACAGCAACUCCAGCUGCACCUGUCCCGAAGCCACCGAUACCUGCUCCACCGCGAGCUCCAGUACCAGCGCCGCAGACUGCGCCACCAACUCUUCCACCAGCACAACCCGUUCGACCACCAGUCAUUCCUCAUUUGCCUCUCCGGCCACCUCCACCAGGAUUUCCGGCGAUGCCAUUCCCAGGCGCACCACCAAUGCCGCCAAUGCCACCGAUUCCGAUGCCUGCAAUGAGACCCCCAAUGGCUGUACCAAUUAUACCAGUUCCUGUAAUUCCGCCACAGCCACCAAUCCCUCCAGUCCGACCACCGGCUGUCCCAGUACCACCAGUGUCUACUGCUCAGCCAGCUGUACCGACCUCAGCUGCUGCCACCACACCAGCAACAACUGAAGCUAGCGCCACACCAGUACCGGCAGCAGCAGCAGCUUCUGCUGCUGACGAUGGUCCGCCAGCAGCCAAGAAAGCUCGAACCGAAGACGAUCUGGAGAGUGAGGAGGCAUGGUUGUCCAAGGUGACUGGCUCGAUCACCGUGUAUGUGCAGAUACCAGGAACUUCACCGAAUCCCGAAUGGAAGCUUGAUGGAAGACGUUUGAGUAUCGGCACACUAAAGAAUUUUGUGCAGGACGAGACUGGCCUGCCUGGUUCCAAGCAAAAACUGCUUUAUGAUGGAUUGUUCCUGAAAGACGCCUGCACUUUGGCGUAUUACAAUAUGAAUACUGACGCCAUAGUGCAGCUGCAGAUCAAAGAAAGAGGCGGAAAGAAAAAGUAG